GGAAGUUCUCAACCACAGGAGGAGCUGAUGAUGAUUAAAGGAGGAGCUGUAACUAUAUAAUGAAGAGAAAGACUGACAGAAACAGAAAAUGGCUGAUCAGUGUGAUCUGUGUCUGCUGGGACUGAUCAUUCUCUCUUCACUUCUCACAGGUACCAGUGGAGUGGAUUAUGCUCAUGUGUUCAUCAGUUCUGGUGAAAAUGUCCAUCUGCCCUGUAAUAAUGCUCUUUCUGACUGUAAAUCAACUACAUGGAUCUAUAACAGACAUUCAGCAGCAGAUGAGAUUAUUGUUUUAGGGAUAAAGAGAAAAGACAGAGAGAGACAUGAGAGACUGAGUCUGGGGUCUGACUGCUCUCUGAACAUCAAGAACGUCACUAAAGAAGAUUAUGGAUUUUACAUCUGCAGACAAUAUGUGAAUAACAAACAACAAGGAACUGAAGCGCAUGUUAAUCUGCAUGUUCUUCAUGUUUCAGUCUCUCCAUCAUCAUCAUCAUCAUCAUCAUCCUCAUCAUCCUCACAGACUGAGAUCAGUCCAGGUCACUCUGUGACUCUCUCCUGUCAGUUGUAUUCAUAUGAAUUCCCCUGUGAUAUUUUGGUCCGUUAUGAGGGACUUCAGCUGUUGUGGGUGAAUCAGGCUGGUGUUGAUCUGAAGACAGACUCCAGAUAUCAGAUAUUAUUCUCAUCAGAUCACUGUAACAUCACUCUGACUACAACACUCCUGAAUGAAGAUGACAACAGAGAGUGGAGAUGUCAGCUUACUCUCAGAAAUCAACUCAAGGCCUCAGUCAGAUACACUGUCAAGUAUUCAGGUCCAGCUGACACAGCAUCAGAAACUGAAGUCAGUGUGACUGCUGGAUCAUUAUUCAGAGUGAUUGUGAUGAUUGUUGAGAUGGCAGUGUUUGCUGCUCCUACUGUGAUUCUUCUUCAGAUCAUCUGUGCAAGAAGAGCUGGGAGGAAGGACUCGCAGCACCCAGAGGAAAUAGAGAUGCCUACAAUAUUACAAUAAAAUACUGCUGAGUUUGGAGACCAUCUGAAACAAGAUUUAAAACAGCAAAAACUCACAGAGGAUUGUUCAUUGUUUGAUUUUCUUCUUCUCAGAAAACAGAGAAAAACUCCCUGAAGAAAUAGUGACACCAUCAAGUUUAGAUUUGUUUUUGUUGAUACAUUUCUUUGAAAGCAGAAAUUUAUUUCAAAUUUAAUUCAGAUAAAACUGUAAACUUUUUGGUUACUUUCAUUCAAACUGGGUUAAAAUUCUGUGCAUUAAACAGGCUGAACUAAUGCUAUUGUUAACUGAAAAGAUAGAGUUGAAUGUCAUGGAGCAGCAUUUAAAGACAGAAGAGGAAGUGACAUCAGAAUGAUUCAUAGUCCACAUCACCAUCAGUCUAAACUGGGUGAGAGAUGAUCACUGCUCUAUGUGGUUAAACUAACUGAAUUCUCACACUCAACAGUAAUAUGUUUCUAAACCUCAACGGUGAGAUUACAGCUAUGAAAUCACCAGAACUGCUAUAAUUAAUUCACUAUUUUAGUUACGGAAGUGUAGGAUGUCUAUCAACUAUCAUGAGAAAGUCUUGACUCUGGAAUAGAUGAAAACGUCACUGUAAAACUUCAUACAGACUCAGAGUUUGACUUAAUGAUUAUUAAAUAAUCUGUAUGAUGAUGAUUCCAUAAUCACCAUUGUCAUAAUUGCAGAGAUACAAUAAACAAAUGACCUUUAUAUGGACACUCAUUAUUUUAUGUUUAGGCAACGAUUCACUUUCCUUUAAUGUGUUUGCUUGCUGUAUAGUUUUUGUGUCAAAGCAUCUUUGAAAAUAGCAAUCAUAAGUUCAAUGUGUGUCAAAUUGUCAUUCAAAAAUCUGAUGAAGUUUU